AUGAAUUGCACGGUGGAGAUGUCCUACUGUGCUCGGCCCUUGACAGCAGAUGACCCAGGAUUCCUCAUGGUCACCACCUACGAAUUCAGUGUCGCAAACAACCGUCUCUUCCUGGAGCGACCUGAAUGGCUUCUGCAAGCGACCUGUUUGCAUGCUUACGUUUUCCCAUUUUACUAUGCCAUUGUGCUGGCAACCACACUAUUGGAUGCUUGGCAUGUCAAACCCCUUCAGUAUUUUCUUCUGAUCUUUGUAGGGGCCAAAAUCUACGCCAUUGGGUUCUAUCACUUUGUUGAAUUUACAAGCCAUGUCCCACCAGAAAAUUUGUUACCUUAUUGGGGAGCAGAAUUACCCUAUGUCAUUGCCAUUGGGCUUGUUCUCAAAAAUCUUUGGGAUGCCAUGACAGGCACAGCUGAUAAUAAGUCAAAGGUCAACUAA